UCUUCGGACAAACAAACCGCGAGUGUUCCUCCGACACCUGAGCAGGUCGAACGUUAUUGCCAAAACGUGGAAAACCUUCCAAAGUGCUUGUUUGUUUACCUAGUUCGUUACAAAAUAUGACUUGAGGACUGUGAGUGAAUGCUAGUGCGAAUAUUUCAGCAGUUUUACCUAUAAGAUCGUGUGAAGCUGUGAUGUAGCGAAUGGCGUCUAUCAGCAUAGUGUUUGCUGGUUAUAUUAACAGAUAGACUGUGUGCGCCGUACAUCGUGUUGAAGGGUAGAAGAUAAUGUCAGUAGCGCGAUACAUCUGGCUGCUGCUGUGCUACGCGCAAUACGCGAGGAGCAACCUGCUGGAUGAGUACGAGCAGUUCACCAACACCUUCCUGUACCCCAAGGACGACAAGACGGAGGAGCUGCCCGUCCAGCUCGGCAAGGACUGGGCAUCCGGCUGCAUUUGCAGGGCCACCUCCCACCAGCAGGUCGUCGUGUGCUUCGGCAAUUACGAGUGCAUGAGGUUUCCCAAGGUCAUACGAGUACGGAGCGAAGUUUUAAGAGUAAGGACUACAGUCAUCAAUGAAAUUCUCAAAGGGGAUCUGGAUUAUCUGUACUAUUUGAAAGUGUUAGAAAUAGAAGCGAAUCAUCAGCUGCGGUACAUUGAACCAGGUGCGUUCUCCAACUUGACGAACUUGGAGCAACUCUCUAUAUCCUACAACACUUUGCUUCAAUCUAUUCACGAGACGACGUUUGAAGGCCUCACAAACCUCCACAACUUGACUUUAGUGAACAACGGAUUUGACUCGGUGCUAACAUUAACUCCAUCUUUUAAGCCGAGUAUCCUACCGUCUUUGAAGAGGCUGGAUCUAUCAGAAAAUACUUUCGAAACAAUACCAGAAGAUGCAUUCAAACCUAUGGAAGGAACUUCUCUAAGGAAACUUGAUCUUAAUUUAUGUAGAUUAGACCACAUACACCCGAACAGUUUUCUACCAUUAAAGCAUUUGAAAAAGCUUCAUAUUGGAGAUAACGACCUGAACUCUACACUAAUAGGUAAUUUUUUGACGAGAAUGGUUGAAAAUAAUAUUAAUUUGCUACACCUCGACCUAUCAGGUAUGGGAUUUAGGAAACAACCACCCAAAAGACUGAUGAACAUAAUAGCAAACACUACAAUACAAAGUUUAAUACUAUCAAGGAAUCAGUUUGAAAUUAUAGCAGAAGAUGCUUUCCCUAAAAUGGUAAAUAUACAAUUAAUGGACUUAAGAAAAGUGUCCGCUAUUUUGAUAGAUCCAAGAUCUUUCACCCCUGAAAGGUUCCCUAGUUUAAGAUUUCUAUCAUUGAGCGGAAACAAUUUGCCAGGACUCCACGGGACCCACAUGUCCAAUCAACUCUUGCUGUUAGAUUUAUCUGAUAACAGAGGGCACGCAAACAAUCCAGUCUACUACGAAAUAGAUAGAUAUACUUUCACACAAAGUAAAAGACUACAAGUAUUAAAUCUGUCUUAUAAUGGGAUAAGAGCAAUAUUUAAUUACACAUUUACAGGAUUAGAAAGUCUCAAAAUAUUAAGCAUGGAAAAUGGUACCAUUUAUCAUUUGGGACCCGGUAGUUUCAAAGCCACAAAACACUUAGAAGUACUUAAUUUAGCUAAUAACCCACUAACGGCUAAUCAGAACUUGUCAUGCGCACAAUUUGACGGACUGAACGAACUUAAAAUUCUAAUUUUAGAAAAUUGUGGAAUUAAACAAUUCAAUGACGAUGAGAAUAUUUUCGAAAUGAUGCCUAAUUUAACUCACCUAGUGCUUAGAAAUAACCAACUUUAUUAUAUAACAGCUGAAACAUUAAAGCCUUUGAAAAUGCUACAGUUUUUAGACUUAAGUGAAAACCUUCUCAUGUCAUGGUGGAAACCAAUAUUCUUAUCUUCGGGUGUGAAACCAAAUAGAGUUUACUUGACAAACAACAAAAUAUCACAUUUCUCACUGAGCAUGAUUCAGGACAUCGGGUACUUGUUGGAAGCCAGUAAGGGCGAUAUGGUCAUAGACCUGAUGGACAAUAUCUUUGUAUGCGACUGCAGUUCCAUGUUUACUACUUACCGCUGGAUUCAAGCCAAUGCAAGUAAGGCCUUAAAACAAUACAUUUUUAGUUCUAAAUUCCAAUGCAGCAGUCCUGACUUGUGGGAGGACAGGAGAGUGUCUGAGUAUUUGCAUUCGGUGAAGAGCCUGCACUGCUUGAUGUACGAGAAGAUAACAAACGUGAUGGUGCUGGUGUGGACGGCUCCGUCCUUGGUCACAAUUUCUCUAGUCCUAUUAAUAAUAGCUGUUAUUUACAAAUAUAGAAUGUACAUACGCUACUGGAUGUUCAUAGCAAAAAUAGCGUUAGGAAGAAAUUUUCAAAAGAAGCAAGUGAAACCUGAUGGUGGAAAAAUAUAUAAAUAUGAUGCUUUUGUGUCGUAUUGUAAUGAAGACAGAGAUUUUGUCCACGAUAUGAUAGAACAACUUGAAUCGAAGCCACCGUUUCUGAAGCUGUGUGUUUACGAGAGAGACUUUGAGAUCGGUUCGUUUAUAUCAGAAGCUGUUCUAAGCAGUAUUAACGAGAGUAAGUACGUUAUUUUAAUCAUAAGCAAUAGUUUUGCUAAGUCGCAGUGGUGUCGCUGGGAGACGCAACUAGCGGAGUACCACAGGAUAUUCUUAGAAGAUGGGACGUCGUAUGAUCCCUUAGUGCUGAUAAGAAUAGGGGAGAUACAGUCCAAGUAUCUGACGACAACUUUGAAGUACUUGUUGAAGACUAAAAUCUACCACUCUUGGGAUCAGAGGAAUAAGGAGGAGUUCUGGAAGAAAUUGAGAGACGUUAUAAUUAAGAAGUGAUGUAAAUAUUAUGGUUAAUUUACUUUUUAAUACAUUGUUAACUAAAA